AUCAAUUCGUAAUUUGUUUCUCGAAUCGAUAUGGUGUAUAUGAGAAAUGAGAAGCCAUCGCGAUAAUCACAGAACGAUCACGUAUUUUCCAAAAAAAUACAGUACAGUUUCAGUUCCAUAAUUCUUUAUAUUUACGAAUAAUCUUCAAAUCAAGCAAAAUGAGCAAGAUGUCACGUUAUCCCUCUGAUGGCAAAGUUUAUGUGGGAGAUUUGGGAAGUAGCGCUAGUAAGCAAGAAUUGGAGGAUGCAUUUUCCUAUUAUGGAUCUUUACAAAAUGUCUGGGUUGCCAGAAAUCCUCCUGGAUUUGCUUUUGUCGAAUUUGAAGAUCCUAGAGAUGCAGAGGAUGCAGUGAGAGGACUGGAUGGUCGUACUUUAUGCGGAAGACGCGUUCGUGUAGAAUUAUCGAAUGGAAAGAAAUUGAGAGAUAGAGGCUCCUUCAGGAGAGGCAGUGGAAGACCCUUUCAUCCAGAAGAUAAAUGUUAUGAAUGUGGCGAAAGGGGUCACUACGCUAGAGAUUGUCAUCGUCACAGGAUUUCUCGUAGAAGAAGGAGUUGCGGCUGAACAUGCGGCACACGCAUGAGAAAUGUGUGUUGUCGCCCGACAUUGUCGCGCGAGAUUCGCCUUGGGUUCACGUGUUCGUGACACACACAUCGCGCGUCGUAGUUACAGCGUAGAGCACCCCACCUACUUUGGGUUUCCCUCUGCACAUCUCUGCGAGCGAGAAAACGCGACAAAAUCAUGGGGGCCAGACAUGUGUGGCGGCUACUAGUUCUGCGCACUACUACGAUACCGAUCCGCUGACCACUGACCAUCACUGAUCUAGAUCGAGAGUUUACGCACGUCGGCAUUCUUCGUUCAGCUAUCUGUGAUUUCUGCCUAGUCGUCGUUGUCGUCGUCGUCGUCAUCAUCAUCAUCAUCAUCAUCAUCAUCAUCAUCAUCAUCAUCAUCAUCACCAUUGGUCAUCCUCGUCGUCGUCGUCAUCGUUGUCAUCGUCGUCAUCAUCGUCAUCAUCGUCGUUGUCAUCGUCGUCGUCCUCGUAAUAAUACCUAAUGAUCGCUGAAAGACAAACUUUCAGCGUUUCCAUCUCUAGCCACUCUUCAUCUCCGUUCAUCACCUCUCGUGAUUUCAUCUGCAUAAAAGCGCUCGUCCGCUCUCCCUUCCCGGCAUAGCCAUCGCGAUCUACGAUUAACUGCUAUAAGUACAGCCCGGGGAACAGGAUGGUACAUAAGUAGAACCAGUCAAGUAUAUAUUCUACACAUGGAUUAAUGUAUACAAUGACGCAGAAUGAAUUUUGAAAGCGCGUAAUGAAGAAAUCUGUGUUACAUUAUUAUGUAUAAGCUUGCACGAUUAAAAUUAGUUGCAUACAUUUAUGGAAAUAGUUGGGCAGAAAAUUAUCCAACAAAGAUUGAGCAGAAAUUUCGUCGAUACAUUUUAAAAAUUAGAUCCUGAUAAGUAAAACUGACAGUUUUUAUAUAUUAUUUUAUAUAUUUUAUAUGUUAGAGCUCGGAUUUGAUAUAUAUAUACACUAACAUGCAUCUUCAUUUAAAAAAGAAAAAAUUUGUGUGAUAUAGAGACAUUACAUUUUCAACAUUUAUAAGAAUAUUUUUUAGACAUAUAUAUGUAAAUGUAUGUAUGUGUAUAUAUACAUAUUAAAAGUUUAACACAACAGAGGUUUUAAUAUAUUGGCGAAAUCAGAAUGUGCGCAAUUAACAAUUUUGGAGAUAGUACAUGUUAUAUAAAAGUCUAAUCUCGAGUUCUAAAAACAGUAGUGAAAUUAUAUUUUAUGUUUCAUACUAGUGUUUCGUAAUAGUAGGAUAGGCAAAAAUAUAUACGUACAUUGGUCAUUAUAUUCAAAUAUUUAUUCAUCGUGACUUUUA